AUGCAAUCCCUAUUAUUAGAUAGAAAAUUAGGUACAAUAACUCCACUACAAUUUCGAAACAUAAUAACAGAAAAUUAUUAUUCUUCAUUAAUAAAUCAAACAGCCAAAUACGAUGUAUUUCCUAUAAAUUGUCAUCACAAUUCAAAUAUAAAUAGUUUAUCAUUGGAAAAAAAUGAUUACAGGUUUUUAUUAAGUGGAUGUGGAGAUUCUUCAAUAAAGUUAUGGGAUUUAAAUAGUCAAGACGUUGUAAGAGAAGAAAAUGAAAUUGAUAAAAGAUUAAAUCGAACUCAUAAUCCUGAAAAAUUUGAUAAUUUCGAUUAUGAUAACCCCGUUAGUGUUUAUCAAAAUGUUGCAACUAUUCCAAGACGUGAAUUUCAUAAAUUUGGUAUAUCUAAUUUACAAUGGUGGCCAUAUGAUACAGGGAUGUUUGUUUCUUCAUCAUUUGAUCAUACUGUUAAAAUUUGGGAUACAAAUGAGCUACAACCAGUACAUACUUUUAAUUUAAACAAUAGAGUCUAUUCAAUUGACGUUUGUGGAGAAAAUUCAUUAAUUGCUACUGCAAGUGAUCAGCCAUUUAUAAGAAUAUUAGAUAUGAAAUCAACUUCCAGUGCUCAUACUUUGAGUGGUCAUAAGGGGAAAACAUUAAGUGUUAAAUGGCAUCCUACAAAUCCUAAUUUAUUAGCUUCUGGUGGGUAUGAUGGUGAGGUUAGAAUAUGGGAUAUAAGAAGAAGUAAAUCAUUAUUGUGUAGAUUAGAUAUGUUAAGAACUAAUACGUCACAGACUAAUACUGGAGGAAUUAAUGAAAAUUUAACUCAAAAUUCAAUAAAAGCUCAUCUGGGACCAGUUAAUGGUUUAGUAUGGGAAGAAUCAGGUACAAUAUUAUAUACAGCUGGUAAUGAUGAUAAAGUAAGAGUUUGGGAUAUGGUAUCAACUUCAUAUCCACCAAUAAAUAAAUUAAUAAACUUUGGUCCAUUAACAAGAAAUAAAUAUCCUCAAACAAUACCAAUCUUAUUAAAUCCAAAGGGUGAAACAAAUUUACAAUAUUUAUUGUUUCCAUCAGAAAAUGGUGAAAUAUUAAUUUAUAGAACAAUUGAUGGUAAAUUAGUUAAUAGAUUAUCAAGAAAAGGUACAAAAAAUAUAGGUAGAACUACAUCAAUGUGUAAUGGUGGACCUUUCACUGCUAAAUAUUUUGCUGGUACUAAUGAUGGAGAAAUUAUUCAAUGGAGUCCUUUCUGGGAAAAAAUUGAUAUUGAAGAUUUUAUAAUUAAUGAUAAUGAAAAUGGAGAAGAAGAUAUUGAUGAAAUCAUUUUGAGAAGGCAUAAAGCAAAAGAGUUAAUGCAGCGGAUGGAGAUUUAG